AUUGGACCUUCCGCAGCCAGAACUUGUCGAGGAUGAGGCUGAUGUUUUUAUCACCGGCACUGGCCUCCUCAAUCAGUGGAAGUGGCCCACCAUCGAUGGCCUGCACAACUUCAAAGGCGUUUUGCUCCACACUGCAAACUGGGAUGACACCUUUGAUCCAACUGACAAGUCAGUUGCUAUCAUCGGUGCAGGGAGUAGUGGUAUUCAGGUUGUCCCUGCUCUGGCGUCAAAGGUUAAAGCCAUGCAUCACUACGUCCGAGGUAAAACUUGGAUAUCCAACCAGCUCAGUGAGGAUAUCCUCAAGGCAGGAACUAGUGAUAAUGAGAGAACAAACUUCGACUACCAUGAAAGCGAAAAGGAGUUGUGGAAGGCCGAUCGAAGAUCUUAUAUCGAAUACAGAAAAUCAUUGGAGUUCCGCCUGCAGGGCCAGUACGAGAUCACGCGGCCGGACAGUCUCCGUCACAUAACCGCUCGUGCAAACUAUGAGAAGAGUAUGAGGGAACGUCUCAAGAUGAAGCCGGAGAUUAUUGGAAAGCUCAUACCUGACUUCCCUCCUCUUUGCAAGAGGUUAACGCCGGGGCCUGGCUACCUGGAAGCUCUCACUGCGUCUCACGUUGAGCUCAUCACUCAGUCGAUAGCGCAUAUCGACGCUGAGGGUAUUACCACCAGCGAGGGGGUGAGGAGGCCAGUGGAUGCCAUUAUCUGUGCAACUGGAUUUGAUACCUCGCCUGGUCAGGGCUUCCCAAUCUAUGGCCGGGACGGAGUCAACCUGCGUGAGAAGUACGCCGCCAGACCCAAGACAUACUUGAGUCUCUGCACCGACAACUUCCCCAAUUUCUUUCAAUCUCUCGGACCUCACGCUUUCCAGGGGGCGGGCAAUCUCCUCAUCAUGAUGGAGGCUAUCCACAAAUAUAUGGCGAAAAUUCUGCGCAGACUCGCUUAUGGCAAUAUCAGAACCAUCGAGCCGAAGCAAAAACAGGUCGAAAGCUUCACUAACUACUGCGAUGAAUAUUUCCAGAACACCGUCUAUAACGCUGACUGUGUCAGCUGGUACAAGAGUGUUGUCAGUAAUAUUUCUGGAGAGAAGACGCAGAGGGUCACUGCUCUAUGGCCUGGGAGCAGCACACACGCGGUGCACGCUCUCGAAUCGGUCAAAUGGGAGGAUUUCAACAUGGAAACGUGCGAUGGAAAUGACUUUGGAUGGUUCGGUAAUGGAGGCACCGUGGCUGAGAAUGGAUUGAAUCACGUGGCGAGCCUAGACGGCGAAGAAGCUGCUCACAUUGUCGAGGCGCUGACUUGGUAUCUCAACGGGACCAGAUAUCUUCACGAACCUCUCUAA